AUGCCCAGCAGCAACGCCCAGGACUUCCCAGUCAUCGCGCCGCGUCCCACCUUCGCGCCGCGGCAGAUCCUUGCUCCGCGCCGCGGCGCCCUCCACGAGCACGCGCAGCCAGAAGCUUCAAGCCCCAUCACGCCGCGACAAACCUUCGCGUCGCGACGCCUGCGCCCAGAUGACGGUCCUUUGUCGUCCGAUGAGGAGUACAGCGGAGGAGAGACCGAAAUCCCGGACCCUCAGACGAAAACAGAAGACCGAGAGCUCAAGGACCGGCUCUUACGAAGGUACGGCAACCACAUUAACAACCUAAAGCUCGAAUUCUCGAAAAAGAAGAAGAAAGGUAAGCUCCCAAAGGAGGCUCGACAAGCUUUGCUCGAAUGGUGGAGCGUUCACUACAAAUGGCCUUACCCAACGGAAGCGGAUAAGAUGUCUUUAGCCGAAACAACAGGGCUCGACCAGAAGCAAAUAAACAAUUGGUUCAUAAACCAGAGGAAAAGGCAUUGGAAGCCUUCUGAGAACAUGCACUUGGCGAUGAUGGAUAAUCUGUCUGGGCAUUUCUUCAUGGAAGAGACUGAUAUUUAG